AUGCUCGAGAAUGCAUAUCUCUCCUUCCUGGAUCUUUCUUUCCCUUCCCCUCCCCAGGCCAUUGUUAACUCAUCCAUGCUCUACUCUUCGCUGUUCUUGCUUGUGGCGGCCUACGCGCAAGCCGCGACGGCGAUAUAUGCUAAUUCCACGGGGAAUUCCAGUAUAGCCGUGUCGGCGCCGGCGGGCCCGAUUUUGGCCUACGAAACGGACCGCACCACGACUUUACAGUGGCAAACGCUCGAGUUUGGCGAUGUGUACGUCGAAACCCGCAACCCGCGGCCCACGCGUGUGUCUGCUGGGGGUGUGAGUGGAGGUGUGAGUGGAGGUGUGAGUGGAGGUGUGAGUGGAGGUGUGAGUGGAUACUCAACCAGAGGUGCGACUGCAGAAACGACUGCAGAAACGACCGGCAAGUCGACUGCACACUCCACUAGCCGCCGCCUAAGCUCGCUGGCCGCAAGCGUCACCAUCGCAAACACAGACACAGACACAGACACAGACACAGACACAGACACAGUCGUCUCAACACCGCAGUCUGCUUCCGGGACCCCCACCAUCCACACCGCGUACCCCGGCAGCGGCUCCCAAAACGCCAGCUCCCACACCAGCUCCCACACCAGCUCCCCGGUCUCGCGCUUGUUCACCAGCACGGCCGCGACCUCCACCAGUGUUAUCUACUCGGGCUCCACUCUGGCAUCGUCCUUCUCGUCGCCCGCAUCUUUCGUCACCACCGUCUCCUCCCGUUCAGACCAGCCAUUGGUCACUCAGUCCUUGAGCAGCAGUAAACUGUCACAAAGCAUAGCUACCACCUACACUGCUGCCAAGACCAUCUCCGACGUGGUUUCAAACAGCACUUUAGCCACUCAGGUCUCAGCCGGCGGUGCAGUAUCCUCCGUCAGUGUUCUGUCCUCUGUCACCAGCGCUCUGUCCUCCGUUAGUGUCGCCUCCUCCGUCAGUGUCGCCUCCUCCGUCAGUGUCGCCUCCUCCGUCAGUGUCGCCCCCUCCUCACUCACCACCGACCCCUUCGUAGUGGUUCCCGUUUCCCACUCAGCCACGGCAUCCACCGUCACUGGCUUCGCUUCCGCCUACGGCAACACAACAACACUCGCGUCCUUGACAUCCACUUCUGAGUCCAACUCGAAUCUCGUCGACCCUUCUGCUUCCGCUACUCCUGCGGCCUCGAAUCUCACCACAGUGGCAGCAUCUUCCUCCUCGGCCUCCGACACAGUAGCAGUCACCACUCUCAGUGCAUCAAAUUCUACCCAAUCGGACUACAACACCGUUUCCUCCACUUCCUCUGAGAUCCUAGCAUCCACCGGAAAAUUCUCGUCUUUUACACCUUCAUCCAACGGUGCGAACACUCAGACGUCAUCAUCGGUUGCUAGCUUUUCAUCCUCCAGCUCCAGCUUUACAAUAUCGAGCUCAUCUUCGAGCCCUUCAUCUUCGAGCCCUUCAUCUUCGAGCCCUUCAUCUUCGAGCUCCUCUUCUGUAAGCUCCUCUACCAGCUCACCCACCACUGUCAACCUGUUCAGUGCCAUUCAAACUGAAGCUCCACCUUCAGUCUUCGAAAGACACUCCAACCCCUUGGAUCUCUCGAAUGGCGUCACCAAUGUCGACUCCCCCUACGAAACCAACAAGUUCUACACCAAUCUGAUCGUCGGUGACCAAACAAGUGCCGCAUUUGUAUACCCAUACUCGCUAUGGAAGUACAGUUCCAAUGACAUCUACGGAUUUGCCGUUUCUCACACUACUGCGAGCCAAUACGCAUUCGGAAACUACGAUAGCAGUGGGAACUCUGAGUUUUUGGCCAACCCACUCGCCAUUGCGUCGCUAAUGUUCUCUGCAGAAUCGUUCGGUGCUUCCAAUUUCAACAUGUUCGUCAGCGACAUGACAACCUCUUCCUGCGACGUUACCAUCAAUGACGGUACUACAACAAACAUUUUAGAGAUUCCACUGGUUCAAGGUAUGGGCUUUUCCACCGGUAUCUACCACGGUUCGUUGAAACCGGUUUUGAGAACGUCGGCAGCAUUUAUCUCUCUUGAACAAGAAACAUCUGACAUUUUGCCCGUUGGCAUUCUCAAAUACCGCGUGGGCCUCAACAGUGGUUCAACCUGGUUGGUGUAUGUGACAGUGCCAGAUAAUUCCGAUGAAACCUUCUCUUUAUCUUAUUCGGACACAUCCACAAUUACCGGGUCCCAUGCCAUUGAUGGGCUAGUCCUACAAUUUGCCGUUGCACCCGAAGAUUCUAGCUACGAAACCUACUAUGACAAUGCUGCCGGUAUGUACGCCACCACUUUCGAGACCACUGGUUUUUCGGAUGGCACCACUGCCGAUUACGCCUUCAAUUACGAAACGGAGGGCAAAUCGGCGUCUGGUAGUACCAUGGUUUUUGCAUUCCCUCACCACAUCGAUGCCCUGACAGCCGAUUCCCAAGCCGCUCUCACUGGCAUUCAAUUACAAUCCACCACCAAGGGCACUAUGCAGGGUCUAUUGACAAACACAUUGUCAUUUACAGAGACUUUGAAUACAGAACUGGGAUGGCUACCUUGGUCUUCGCAAUUGAACGGUAAGAGUAUAAGUUACAACACCGACCAGUUGCAGUUGUUGUCAGAAGUGGCAAAUUCAGAGAUUAACAUCAAUGUGUGGGACUCAAUUUCUGGACUAAAUACCUAUUACCUGGGUAAAGUUCUUGACAAGUACGCUUACAUUUUGUUAACGGUUUCGGACAUCUUGCAAGACACGCAAGUGACCCAAGCCGUUGCCGCUAAUCUCAAGCAAGCGCUCGAGAAGCUGGUGUUGAACCAACAGCUCUACCCAUUGUAUUACGACACCAAGUUCGGCGGUAUUGUGUCCUCUGGGGACUGGGCGUCAACUUCCACCGGCUACGAUUUUGGAAAUACCUACUACAACGACCAUCAUUUCCAUUACGGCUACAUAAUUCACGCCGCUGCGGUCUUGGGCCGUAUAGAUCAAGAACAGGGCGGAACAUGGGUGCAAGAAAACAAGGCGUGGGUCAACAGUUUGAUUCGCGACGUGGCCAACCCUAGCACCGACGAUGCGUACUUCCCUGUGUCGCGUAUGUUUGACUGGUUCAACGGUCAUUCGUGGGCUGCGGGACUAUUUGCGAACCCUAAUGGUAAAAACGAGGAAUCCAGUUCCGAAGAUUACAAUUUCGCGUAUGCUAUGAAACUAUGGGGCGCUGUCAUUGGUGAUUCCUCGAUGGAAAGACGUGCAGACGUUAUGAUCGCCUUGAUGAAAAGAUCUAUGAAUUCUUACUUCUUGAUGGCAAAUGACAACGAAGUUGAGCCUGCAGAAAUACGUGGAAACAAGGUUGCAGGCAUUCUCUUUGACAACAUUAUCGACUACACCACUUACUUUGGCACUGCAGUACAAUACAAGCACGGUAUCCACAUGAUCCCGAUCACACCAGUUUCCUCUGAAAUAAGAACGCCUGCAUUCGUGCAAGAGGAAUGGAACGAGAAGUUAAGCGGUAUCGUGGGGCAACUUUCCGACGGUUGGAAAGGCCUGUUGAUGUUGAAUCAAGCGCUGUACGAUCCUGGCAGCUCGUACGACUUUUUUUCCAGCUCUGAUUUUGACGCCGCUUCUCUAGACAACGGCAUGUCGCGAACCUGGUCGUUAGCGUUUUCUGGUGGUCUGGCGCAUGCUCAGUCUCUACUGUGA